AUGCUGCAACUGGGAAUAAUUCGACACUCCGAGAGCCCUUGGGCGUCCCCACUGCACAUGGUGCCCAAGGCAACAUCAGGCGACUGGCGACCUUGUGGCGAUUAUCGAGCCCUCAACAGCGGUACCAUUCCUGAUCGAUACCCCGUGCCUCAUCUUCAGGACCUUGUUGGAGCCCUUUUCGGCAAAGCGGUCUUCUCGAAGAUUGAUCUGGUGCGUGCUUUUCAGCAGGUUCCACUCGCGCAUGAAGACAUCCCAAAACCAAUAUAAGCGAAGAGACGAGUCCCAGGAAGCAGUCUUGAAGAAGAAGACACGAUCGCCUGGACAAGAGCUUUAUUAGCCUGACGUUUUGGAAGGUGUCGGCCGCCUUCUCGCAUCACUUGGGUUUGGAGAUGCACACAGGCCGAAGGCAACCAUCAGGCGUCGUUUAAUGAAACCAAAAGACCCACUGCCACGGUAAGAAACGUCUGGAGUUGUUAAUCGGAUCUGGUGCACUUGCGGACUAAGCACCUAUGUCGGAGAAACCGGAAGACAGCUCCGAACGUGAAUGGCCGAACACGCUGCAGCAGUGCGGAGAAAUGACGUCAGCUCUCAAGUUGCGGCUCAUUCGACGGGUUCCGGCCACACAUUCAAAUUUGACGAGGCCGAAAUUCUCGCAAGAGGUGACAACCACGUGAGCCGGGAGCUGCUUGAGUCAUGGUUUACUGGCCCCCAGUCUAUUAACAAGUGCAAUGAUCUUCCUAUUCAAUACGGCGUGCUGAGACUUCGUCUAGGCGGAGUAAUUGGCCACGCGGGGAGCGCACUCGUGAACACUCCUCCCAACACCGGGGUAGAUGCGUCAGAUGGUCGAGCAAUGAUCACACCAACAUCCAACGCACGUGAUGAAAUUGCAGCAAUUAACGACGCGAAUAUCGGCCAUCACGCCACGUGCAACGAUCCCUGAUGAAGGGAAGAGAGCCGUGAAUAUUCAUAGGUAUGCGGUAGCAUGGCUACUGCAUCCUAUAAAUACUGCAGCCGCAUGUGCACGAAACACCCUUAUUUGCUUAUGUCUCUGAUGAUGGAUUCGAGCAGGAAUCCGAAACGUCAGGCUAAUAAAUCUCUUGUCCCGGCGAUCGUGUCUUCUUCUUCAACAUCCCUAAAACCGCCGUCACCACACCCUUCGGUCUCUUUGAGUUCAUCCGCAUGCCCUUCGGUCUUCGUCAUGCCGCCCAAACGUUCCACAGGUUCAUCGACCAUGUCUUGCGUGGCCUACCUUUUGUGUGCGGCUACAUUUAUGACCACUGGUGGCCAGCCGGAAUGAAGAAGAACUCAAAGACCAUCUUGUCUUGGUGUUUGACCGCCUUAAGAAGUUUGGAGCCGUCAUAAACCCCUCCAAGUGCGAGUUGGGUGUGCCUUCGCUCGAGUUCCUCGGCCAUCAGGUCGACUCUGAAGGUUUGCGUCCCCCGCCCUCCAACGUUGAAGCAGUUCGUAAUUUUCCUCAUCCAUUUUCCAAGCGUCAGUUAUAGCGAUUACUCGGCAUGGUAAAUUUUUACCGUCGGUUCCUACCGAACUGUGCCGACAUCAAGCUGCCGCUCACCAACAUGCUUUCUGGUCCCAAAGGUCCCCUCGAGCUGACUGGUGAAGCACUGGCUGCUUUUGAGAAAAUCAAGAAUUCCCUGGCCGAUGCCACCUUACUCACGCAUCCCGCUCUCAACGCUCUGUUGUCCCUGAUGGUAGAUGCUUCGACCGUAGCCGUAGGUGUGGUCCUUCAACAACACCUUGCUGGUUCGACUCAACCACUUGCCUUUUUCUCCAAAACACUCUUACCAGCUGAGACACGCUACAGUGUCUUUGGCCGUGAAUUACUUGCCAUUUACCUGGCCGUGAAGCACUUCCGGCAUUUCCUUAAGGGCCGUGACUUCACUGUUUUCAGUUACCACAAACCGUUGACUUUGCACUUCGUUCUCACUCCGACAAGUACUAUCCUAGGGAAAUCGCUCACCUGGACUACAUCUCCCAAUUCACCACCGACAUCCGCCACAUUGAAGGCACGAAGAAUGAGGUGGCUGCUUUGUUGUCCAGAUCCUCGCUGUCUUCCCUCCAGCUCGCACGUGGGAUCGAUCUUUGUGCCAUGGCGGCUGAGCAACAGCGAGUCGGUUGUCUUGGUGACGAGUCUGUUAGUGGUCUCCUACUCAAAGACGUUCCUCUGAUGACCGGCUCUGGUACAGUACCUUGUGACGUCUCAACUUCCUUUCAUCGCCCUUUCAUGCCCGCCUCGAUGCGUCGAGCUGUAUUUCAAACUUUGCAUGGAAUCUCUCACCCUGGGGUCCGAGCCUCUCAAAAGCACCUCGCGGAAAGAUUUUUCUGGCCUGGCAUGAACAAGGAUGUCAAAGCUUGGGCCCGGUCGUGUCUGAGCUGCCAGCGCAACAAAGUGCAGCGUCACGACAAGUCCGCACCAGGCACUUUUCCCAGUCCCGAAGCGCGGUUCAGCCAUGUGCACCUGGAUGUCGUAGCCCCGUUGCCUUCAUCAAAUGGUUUCACCCACCUUACCUGCGUCGAUCGAUAUAGCCGCUGGGCUGAAGCUAUUCCUUUGCCGAAUGUGCAAGCCGAAACCAUCGCGAAGGCCUUCGUCAGUCGUUGGGUCGCCAUGCUCGGUGCCCCAUCCACGGUUACGACUGAUUGUGGUGUCCAGUUCGAGUCGGCGCUUUUCCAAACUCUACUCAGUUUCCUUGGCUGCACACGCAUUCGGACGACAGCCUACCACCUAGCUGCUAACGGUAUGGUGGAACGUUUCCAUCGUCAGCUAAAGACCGCUCUGCGUGCCGUAGAAGACCCAGGAAACUGGUCGGACAACCUUCCUCUUGCACUCCUCGGCAUCCGCGCAGCUCUGAAGUCGGAUCUGGGCUGUAGCUCAGCUGAAUUGGUUUUCGGCACUACCCUCCGACUCCUACCUACCCUCCGAGGUUCCACCUCGAGCUCCAGUGACAGAGUCUUAUGUCGAAAAAGGCUUGGACAAGUUUACUCAUCUGAUCGUCCGCUGUGA